AUGGAGGUCACGGGACCCCGGCGAGAGCAGGAGCAGGCAAAGGAUCAUUUCAAUGAUCGGUGCCGAUUCCUCUCCUAUCCCACGCAUAAAGUCAAUCGCCUCCUCGAGCCUGGGCCUGUGGUACUCGUUACCACCGGGUCUCUAGCCGAUCGGACGCACAAUAUCAUGACAAUGGGCUUUCACAUGAUGAUCCAACACGAGGAACCAACACUGGUCGGCGCAUGUAUUGGACCGUGGGACAAAAGCUUUGACAACCUGAAAAGAACCGGCCAAUGCGUGCUUGCAGUACCGGCUGCGGAGCUGCUGGAGCAAGUGGUUGAUAUUGGCAAUUGCAGUGGCGAAACGGUGGAUAAGUGGGAUGCAUUCGAAAUGAUCCCUGUGGAGCCACCGGAAUCGCCGUUACCGCCAGAGACCGAUCCAGAACUAGAAGAUGGAGAAGAAAAGGGGCAGAGUUACAUGGAGCUGGAAAGGACUGCCCGUGCGCCACUGGUUGGUGGGAAGGAUAUCAUGGCCAACAUCCAAUGUGUGGUUCAUGAUCGAGCGUUGGUGGCAACGUACAACUUGUGGAUACUGCGGGUUGUCCGCGCAUGGGUGAACAGAGACCUCGACUUGAACUAUGGGCAGAGCAAUCAGCAACUAGAGGAGCCCAGCGGUGCUGUUGGUGGCGGGAAGAGGCAGAUGAGGAUGGUGCACCAUCGUGGGGACGGGAGGUUUGUGGUGGAUGGUGAGGAGCUCGACUUGAGGGAUAGGAUGAUCAAAUGGGAGGAGUUUCAGGAUUAAGUCUGUCAGAAACACUAGGUUUCAUCCGCCCAUUGUUUGAUCAUGGUACCUGUCUCAGAUAUCCUUCUGCAGCCAGGGUGAAGGCGCGUUCCCGGACCCAACAGUGGGAGCCACCUGUGGCUGGUCAGCAGAUCGCAGGAAUCAUGCAGGUGAGAGGCACUAUCACAAUUCAAGCACCUCAUACGCUUAAGCAGGAUGCGCGAAACGUCUAGAACAAUACCUCUCUUGGUAUAGUCGUGCCUGAAAUUGCGCUCGUAGCAGGUC